AUGAGAAAGCGUGCACGCCCAGGUGCACUCAAUGACAGUUUGACAUCUCGAGUUGUCAAGAUAAAGCGACAAGAUAGCCUACGUGAGGCCUCCUAUGACAAAAGUUCAUACCGAAGCUUUCCGAUACAAGGAGAAAGUCACCGCGAAAUGUCUCUCGCAAUGUAUCCGAGGGAAUUCCAAAAUCGUCAGACUUCAAAUUUUGCCAAGCGAGGCUCAGCACUGCAAAAGGAUGAGACCCACGAUCGACGAACAGCUUAG